ACCGCAUGCCGUACGACCAGUCAGUACGACAGUAAAGUUGUCCGCCUCACGCGCGGCGCGCGCGCUCUUCAGUACAAACUUGUCAUCUUUACUCAAAUUCUUCGUCUAGUCAAAAUGUAGUUUAGUGUUCAUAACAUACCGAAAUAGUGCUCGUGCAGUGUCCUAAAAGUAAUUCAGUUCCGUAAACGUUACAUGCCACGGUCCAAAGAACAAUGCUGUGGGAAAAAAUAACGUUCAGCUGGCAUCGGCUGUCGUUCCCAGCUACCUACAUACCUCUCUCCCCCCGCGAACCGGGUACCGGGUUCAAUGCGCCUCUCAGCGUUUAUUCAUCGGUUGUGGGAAAAGUUGACCCCCGUUUUUAAAUUUCAUUGUUAACGAAUUCACACGAUUUCGUUAUUGGUACGAUUGCGUCUUAGAUGCUGAAUUUAGUAAUUUUUGGAUAAAUUUUAAUUACUUAAAAUAAUUCUGCAUCACCUUAAAAAAAGUAAUUUGACAGCAGCCUAAACAAAUUAAUCAAAAGUUAAUUAGGGACCGGGAAAAAACAUUAUAAGAACUCGUCAAGGUUGGAACAUUCCGCUGAACUACUCUUGUUUGCUCUAAGCUCUGCAAUGUUUAAAGAGUAUCAAAUUCACCGAAAUUAUCUUACUUUGAUACGCAUAGUAGUGAACUAUUUGACAAAAGAAGACUACGCUUAUGUGAAGCAACUAGUUUACACGUGAAUAUUAUUUUUGUGAAACGGCCGUUGAGUUUUUGAAAUAUGGUAGGUAAUUCGCAUUGUUCGCGUUCUAAGAACAGUGCACUGUGAGUUAACGUGAAUAUGUGCAGUGAAUUUAGUGCUUGAGGAUUUUAACUGGAAGCAGAUAAAAUAACACAAGAUGGGUAACCAGGGUUCCUCUCCGCACGAGCCAUUGGAUCGUGCCCAGGUGCAAAAUGCAGAUUUAAAAAUGAAGUCGUCGGUUCGCAGCUCUCUGAGGCGGGCGCGCGCCGGGGCCGCGCUGUCGCCGCCGCGCGCCGGCAUGGAGCGGCUGCGACGCUCGUUCCGCGAGUCCUUCCGUCGCCGGAAGGGCUCGCCGCCCGAGUCUGCCCGCCCGCACCAGUGGCACGCCGACGAGGCCGCGGUCCGCGCGGGCACCUGCACCUUCCCCGUCAAGUACCUCGGCUGCGUCGAGGUGUUCGAGUCGCGGGGGAUGCAAGUUUGCGAAGAGGCCUUGAAAGUUCUAAGAAAUUCCCGACGUCGACCCGUUCGUGCAGUUUUGCAUAUUAGCGGCGACGGCCUACGGGUUGUUGAGGAAGAAACCAAAGGGCUCAUAGUAGAUCAGACCAUUGAGAAGGUCUCCUUCUGCGCCCCAGAUAGGAACCACGAACGAGGAUUCAGCUACAUUUGCCGGGAUGGCACAACCCGCCGGUGGAUGUGCCACGGGUUUUUGGCGUCUCGGGACAGUGGGGAGAGGUUGUCCCACGCAGUGGGAUGUGCGUUCGCCGCGUGCCUUGAACGUAAACAACGCAGAGACAAGGAGUGUGCGGUAUCAAUGAGCAUCGAUGCGGCCAGCCAUGCGUUUACUCGCCAGGGAUCUUUCAGAAAGUCUAGUAUAACAAGUCGGCGCACGUCGGAGGUGGAGCCCACCCCGCCAACGCCGGGCCCGCCGCCGCCCACCGCGCCGAUGCCGGUGGGCCCGCGCUCCACCGCACACAACCCGUUCGCGGUGGAGCGCCCGCACGCCGCGCCGCACCUGCUAGAACGGCAGGGCUCCUUCCGCGGGUUCGCGCAUCUCAAUAACAACUCGCCGUUCAAGCGGCAGAUGUCUCUGCGCAUCAGCGAGCUGCCGUCGAAUCUGGAGCGGCAACGUUUAGGGCUGGGCUCACCGACAAGCGCCCUGCCAACGCUGCCAGCUCUGCCAACGUUGCCAGCACUGCCCACAGCCAGCCCGCGGCCUGAUGUCAUGCCUAUCGAGGAAAUCGCAAUGGAAACAGACCCGGUAGCUGAAAUGUGUCAGCAGUUGUCUCUUGGUCUACGGGCUCUAGCAGAAGAGCCGGUGCCAGUAUCGGGCGGAGCGCUUCCACACCCAGACGCGUGGCUCGGGAAGAUCGCGCGGGCUCCUACACUAGCAGCGGCCGGUCGGGCGGCUUCCUUCGCCGGCCAUUCCACUGUUACCACCAACCCCUUCCUAACACCCACACCCACGUUGCCAGCACCCCUUUAAAGCGCUCCAUACUCAAGCCAGAAGACCAAGUCUGCGCGUCAAAAGCUCAAAGACACGUGUCACCAACGAGGGUAGUUGAAAAAUAAUUUGAGUCGAAUAAAUCUUCCAGUCAAUGCUAAGGAAAGGAUUUGUUGUAACUACGACAAAAGCGUGCCCUCAUAAAGUAUGAAGUCGAUACUAAAAUGGCAACUGUCGCUAGUGCAUUGUUGCAAAUGGUUUUUAUAAAACGAAUAAAACAGAAAUACGCUUAAAAUUUAAUGCAAAAUUGCAACAA